GCAGUCCACCAUUACGGUGCCGACUCGGGCACGCAACUCCGCCGAUCUCCUCCCACCCCCAAACCCCCCCUACCCCGCCCCGCCUCGCCGGAACCCUAGCCCCCGGCCGCCCCCUCCCCUUCCCUCCGCCGGAUCCCCCGAUCGCCCGGCGCGAUGGACUCCGACGUCGAGAUGAACGCCGCCAGCGACGAGGAGGUGAUGGACGACGAGGACUACUACGACUACGACUACUGCUACAGCGAUGCGGGCGACGACGGGAGCGGCGGCGGUGACAGCGAAGGGGAGCUGGUGGCCGGGGACUACGACGAGGGCCUCGAGGCCGAGGGGACCGACGAGGUGGUCUCCAGGCGGGAGCAGACCUUCGCGGUUUUAAGCGAAGAAGUUAUCUCUGAACGUCAAGAAGAAGAUAUAAGCAAAGUAUCUGCUGUGUUAUCAAUUAACCGGGAAGAGGCAUGUGUUCUCCUGCAUCACUAUAAAUGGAACAUCAGCAAGUUGAGUGAUGAAUGGUUUGCCGAUGAAGAAAAAGUCCGCCAUACUGUUGGCUUACUUUUGAAUGGAAAUGACCUUCCUCGCUUGAGGAAGCUAACUUGUGGAAUAUGUUUUGAAGGGUAUUCUUCUGAUAUGAUGAGCUCUGCUGGUUGUGCUCAUUUUUAUUGCCAUGAAUGUUGGGAAGGCUAUAUUAGUGCUGCAAUAAGUGGUGGUCCAGGAUGCUUAUCGUUGCGGUGUCCUGAUCCAUCAUGUGGUUCUAUGGUUCUUCAAGGGAUGGUUAAUAAAUUAGCCAAAGAUGAGGAUAAAGAAAAAUUUGCACGAUUUCUCUUACGUGCAUAUGUUGAAGGUAGCAAGAAGACUAAAUGGUGUCCAGCUCCUGACUGUACAUGUGCAGUGGAGUUUCUUGGUGACGAGAACUAUGAUGUCUUAUGCAAUUGCAAGUUCAAUUUUUGCUGGAAUUGCACCGAGGAAGCUCAUCGACCAGUGAAUUGUGAGACUGUAUCUAAGUGGAUAUUGAAGAACAGCGCAGAAUCUGAAAAUAUGAACUGGAUACUGGCUAAUUCUAAGCCUUGUCCAAAAUGCAAACGGCCAAUAGAGAAAAACCAGGGAUGCAUGCAUAUGACUUGCACCCCUCCUUGCAAAUUCGAGUUCUGCUGGUUAUGUCUGGGUGCAUGGUCAGAUCAUGGAGAGAGAACUGGUGGCUUUUAUGCCUGCAAUCGUUACGAAUCAGCAAAGAAAGAGGGAGUUUAUGAUGAGACUGAAGCAAGGAGGGAAAGAGCUAAAAACUCGCUUGAGCGAUAUAUGCAUUACUAUGAGCGCUGGGCAUCAAAUCAGACAUCGAGGCAGAAGGCCCAAGCGGAUCUGCACAAAGUGGAAAAGGAACAACUUGCAAAGUUAACUGACAUUUUUGGGAUACCAGAGACCCAGCUGAAGUUCAUAAUUGAAGCUUGGUCGCAGAUUAUAGAAUGCAGGAGAGUGCUGAAAUGGACAUAUGCUUAUGGCUACUAUCUAGAUGAUAAGGUCAAGAGUGAAUUUUUCGAGUACCUUCAAGGUGAAGCUGAGUCUGGUUUGGAAUGUCUGCAUCAAUGUGCCGAGAAAGAUUUGCAAGCAUUUUUGCCUUCUUUGAAACCUGAUAGCAACGAAACUAUGACAUCAUCAGCUGCGGAUUUUGGUGAUUUCCGCGUGAAGCUUGCUGGGCUCACGAGUGUUACUCGGAAUUACUUUGAGAAUCUUGUUCGAGCUUUGGAAGCUGGGUUGGAGGAUGUCCGUGCUGCUGGCCAGGCCGGUGCUACAUCCAGCACGGCCACCAGUUCCAAGAAAGGUGGAACUAAAUCCAAGAAGAAGCAACACUCUAAACCAUCAUCUGACCACACUGAUGACAGGUGGCCCUGCGAGCGCUGCACAUAUCGGUGGCGUCUAUUUGCAGCGCGCGCGGCUGGCCGCGAUUCCAUCGCAGAAGCCGCCCCGCUGCUGCUCCCCCGCCUUCCACCGCCAUCCCCGGCUUCGGCGCCGUCGCCACCGCCUACCACCGCCGCCGCCGCUAACCAAGCUCGCCGCCGCGCCGCCCGUCCAUCGUCGCCUCCUCCUCGACCCCGCCGCCGGCCACCGCCCACCGGAUGUCCGGCCCUGCCCGGCUGGCGGCGCGGGCCUCGCCCUCUGCCGGCCAACCCGCCACCUCCGCCGGGCCGCCGCCGCCCCCGGCCCCUCCUCUAGGACCGCCGGCCAUGGAAGCCCCGGCAACCCGGAACCCUAAAGUUCCGCCGCCUCGACCCCCAACCCGGCCGCCGGCGACCUCGCCGGCGGCCAUUUCGCCCACCUACCACCCCUCCCCCUCCACCCUCCCCCAAGCUCGCCGGCUGCCGCCCCCCUCCCCAGGCUGGAGGUAGAAGAUGAACAGGGCGGGCGCCGCGCGUGUUCUGUGAUGCGUCGCUAGGAAAUCGCGCGCGUGAUGAAUAGACUUUGCGGCACAUAUCUCAACCUUCCUACAGUGGAUGCGUGCAGUGUCUGCGAAAAAAUUAGGUACUAGAUGAGGGAACAGCUCAAGGGAGCCCCCUCAAGAAAAUCUCAAAGCUCAUGAGACAGAGGGGUGCUCUCCCUCCUGCAUCGGAUGUCAUGAGGAAGCUUCCAGCAGUUGUGAUGGUUGGGGUUCAUUUGGUUUGCUAGUCUGUGUGUGCUGUUCCUUGUAAAUAUUAGCUGUGAAGUGCUGUGUCUAUGUGGUGGGUUUUGCAGCUGACCGACCUGUGAAACUGAACUUGGAGGUAGCUCUAUUUAUUCCCACAAAAUAUUCCAGGGUCCUUGUAUUUGCAUCUAAGGACUUGACUAUGGUUAUACUUACCUAGACUGCUAAGUGUAUAUUACCACGCCUUGCAUCAUGUUAAUCUGGGUGCUCUUAAAGAUGGCUAAAACUGUAACCUCGAUGGUAUGCUCACUUCCAGUUCCCUGUUUCUGUGAAA